GUAUUCACGAGUUGAGAAUCAUAAACCGCCACGUCCAAUAUUCAGAAACAGGAAUCCAGCGUGGCGUCAAUCUAUUGACCAGCAUUAAAUUUCCACUUUUAGUCUCUUCCGUCCUUUAUAUAUUCCGGUUAAACGGCAUCAUUCGAUCGGCCAUUAGCAAUACCAGAAAGGAAGAUUUUUGUGGGGAAUUUUUGAAAAUGCGGUCUAAUUCUUCGCUAUCUCUACUUUUGCUCCUUUGCAUCUCUCUGAUCUCAGCCACACAUGCAACCGAUUGCUCGUCGCUGAAACUCACCGGCGGCAAAAAACAAUACGCCAAUUGUACGGAGCUCCCGGUCUUGAACUCGACUCUACAUUUCACCUACGACGCCACCAAUUCGUCUCUUUCCAUCGCCUUCUCGGUACCUCCGCCGAAGCCCGACGGUUGGAUCGCUUGGGCCGUCAACCCGACAGCCACCGGCAUGGCGGGUUCGCAAGCGCUGUUGGCCUUCAAAGCUAAUGGGUCCAUGGUUGUCAAGACCUACAACAUAAGCUCCUACAGCUCCGUCGUGGAAGGGAAGCUUUCGUUCGAUGUUUGGGAUUUGGAAGCCGAGUCCGACAAAGACGGGAAGAUGGUUAUAUAUGGCUCCGUGAAAGUUGCGGCCAGUGCGAAGAAGUUGAACCAGGUUUGGCAAGUUGGGCAGGGGGGCGUCGAUGGCCACCCGAUGAAACAUGAGUUUGCUAAAGCCAAUUUGGCUGCAGUCGGGGAGUUGCAGCUGGUCGAGAAACUGAGUCCGGCUGCCUCAUCUCCUUCACCGUCAGCGCAGGCUGUUGCUAAUUCCAACUCGGGAUACUGGGCUAGUGAAAUGAAUGCAGGAUUUUGGAUCUUGGGAUUUAUUUCCUUGAUAAUUUUGAUGUGAUUUUAAUUAUUUUCAAAAAUAAAAGAUGGGAAACAUAAUGAAUGAUUUAAAGCA